AUGACCGAUCCCAAAAAGGAAUCUCUCGACUGGGGAACGGACGAGAAAGUCCUCGACCCAGUCCAUCAAGAACGCGUCCCUGCUAUCCUAACGAUUGAGAAUUUCCGGGUCCUAGGCAUGGACCCGCAGGAUGAGGACUUUUAUAUGGGGUUUUCGGAGGAGAGGAGGAAGAGGGUUAUUAGGAAGGUCGAUGUCCGUCUCGUCCCUAUGCUCGCAGUCUUAUACUUGAUAUCGCAUCUUGAUCGGUCGAAUAUCGGAAACGCGAAGAUCGAGGGUUUGGUUGAUGAUCUUGGGUUGAGUGGCAUUCAGUGGAAUAUCGUGUUGAGUAUUUUCUUUGUGCCGUAUGUUUUGCUGGAGGUGCCGAGUAACAUGCUACUGAAAAACUUCAAACGCCCGUCUGUCUAUCUGGGCAUUCUGAUCGUGUCCUGGGGAAUCAUGAUGACCUUGACUGGGGUGGUUAAGAACUUUGCGGGCUUGAUGGUGACGAGGGUCUUGCUGGGUGCUUUUGAAGCUGGAUUCUUCCCCGGAGCCGUCUACCUCUGCACCUUCUGGUACAUGCCCAAAGAUCUCGCCACUCGACUCGCCUGCUUCUACUGCGCCAGUGCCCUGUCUGGUGCCUUCUCCGGCCUACUGGCAGCCGGUAUCGCACAAAUGAACGGCGUCGGCGGGUACGAAGGCUGGCGAUGGAUUUUCAUCCUCGAAGGUCUAGCGACCGUCUGCCUGGGCUGCGCUUCCUUCUUUCUUCUGAUUGACUCGCCCAGAUUGUCGGGAAGGUGGUUGGAUCCCGAUGAGAUUCGGUUCCUCGAGCUGCAGGCGUUUAUCAAGGAAGGUGGGAAGUUCAGGGACGAGGCGCAGGGUGGCAGCAAGAGAAUCAAGUGGAAGGAUCUGAAGGCCGUGUUCCUUAACUGGAGGAUGUAUAUCCUCGCUUACAUCAUGCUUUGUCAGUCGGCUUGCACUUAUGGUAACAAAUUCACCCUUCCAACGAUCACCAAGUCCAUGGGCUUCAGCAACACCCAGGCUCAACUCCUCACCGUCCCACCGUACGUGGCCGGUGCCAUCUCCGCUAUCGGCUUCUCUCGCCUCUCAGACAAGUUCUACUGGCGGAUGCCCUUCGUCGUCAUCCCCCUCUGUCUGCUCAUCAUUGGCUACAGCAUCCUCAUGUCCAUGGACGGGAAGCUCGGCGAGAAUCUCGGCUUGUCUUUCUUCUCUGUCAUCAUCGCCCUGAUGGGACUGUAUCCGAUCCACCCCGCCACGUCCAGCUGGACAUCUAAUAACCUGACGCCAUCGAACCGGAGAGCGAUCGGUUUGGCACUGAAUAUCUGUAUCGGCAACUCGGGUGGAAUCAUCGGUAGUUACAUGUUUUUGGAGGAGGAGGCUCCGAAGUAUUAUACAGGCUUUGGGCUGUCGUUGGCGCUGGGUGGUUCUGCGGUGUUGCUGGCAUUGCUGUUGGAGUUAUCGUUCUACUGGGAGAACAAAAAGAAAGAGAAGGUCUCGGAGGAGGAGGUUAGGGCGAGGUAUUCGGAGGAACAGUUGUUGGAUAUGGGUGAUAAGUCGCCGUUGUUUAAAUAUACUCUUUAG